UCACCGAGGUCCAGAAGCGGGAAAUCCGUCUCCAGGUCACCGAGGUCCAGAAGCGGGAAAUCCGUCUCUAGGUCACCGAGGUCCAGAAGCGGCAAGUCCGGUUCGCCGCGGUCCAGGAGCGGUACUCCGAAAUCGGCGGUCUCUCGCAGCUCGGCGGAUUCACGAAAGUCACCGCGAUCGCGCUCGCGCUCGCAAUCCCCGCGCGGCAGCGUGCGCUCCUCGAGUCCGAAGUCACCCAUCAGCUCGAGGUCUAGGUCGGUAGAGAGAAAGUCCAAGACUCCGGCUUCCCCCGCGUCCAACGCCUCCGGUUACGAUUCCCCGAAAAGUCGCAGAUCUCGAAGCGUAUCUUCUCAGAGAAGCAAUAAGUCAGCGGGUUCCGCGAGCCCGGCGGAAAGGCGAUCGAAUUCUUCCGCGUCCUCGAGGAAGUUUGACGAAUCGACAAAGAGAGAAGGUUCUGACAAGUCUGGCGACAAGAGAUCUGGAUCUAAGAGUCCCAAAAACGAUAAGAGCGACAAUGAAUCGAACAAAUCCUUCAAGCAGAGAGAUCGAAGUUCAAAAUCCGACGAGAGCGACGAGGAAGAACGGUCGAAGAAUAAACGGCAACGUAGCAGUUCCGGUUCAGAUGCCGAAAAGCCUGUUAAACGAACUAAACCGGUAAUACAUUCAGAUUCCGACAACGAGACAGCUGAGAAGGAAAAUAGCGUCGCUCCAACCGCGGACGCGCUGUUCGGUGAUGCGAGUGACAUUAGUACGGACGACGAAAAGGAUAAAAAGGAAGAAGAGAAAGAAAAAGAACGGAGCCGCAGUCGAAGCAGGAGUAGAAGCAAAAGUCGCAGCAGGAGCAAAAGCAGAAGCAGGAGUAGAAGCAGGAGUAGGAGUAGGAGUAGGAGUAGAAGUCAUAGUCGCGGUAGAUCUGAGAGCGGUGGAGAAGGUCCAAGCCAUCGAACCGUUAUCGAAGACGAGGAAGAUAAAGAUAAGGAAGACGAACCAGAGCCACCUCCAGAGACUCGAAUUGACGUAGAAAUCCCAAAAAUUACUACCGAUCUGGGACGCGAGAUUCACUUUGUGAAAUUGCCGAAUUUUCUGUCUGUCGAAACAAGGCCGUUUGAUCACGAGACCUACGAAGAUGAAAUCGACGAGGAAGAGACUCUGGACGAGGAAGGUCGCGCUCGAUUGAAACUCAAGGUUGAAAAUACUUUGAGGUGGAAGGAAUCGUUUAACGACGAGGGCAAAAUGGUGAAGCAAAGUAACGCGAGAUUCGUAAAGUGGUCGGACGGAAGCAUGUCCUUGCAUUUGGGCUCGGAAAUCUUUGACGUGUACAAACAGCCGUUACAGGGCGAUCACAAUCACCUCUAUAUUCGCCAAGGUACCGGUCUGCAGGGUCAAGCAGUAUUUCGAACGAAACUAACAUUCCGGCCGCAUUCCACUGAAUCGUUCACGCACAGGAAGAUGACUAUGUCUCUGGCCGAUAGGUCGCAAAAGACCUCUGGCAUUAAAGUUCUUUCUCAAGUAGGAAUGAACCCAGACCAGAACAGAUACGAGAUGAUAAAGAAAGAAGAAGAAAAACUACGUAUGGCUAUGCGAGUUCAAAACAAAACGAAGAAAAGUACCAGUGGCAUUAGGAAUACUAAUCGUGCUGCAGGAGCGUACAGUGGUGAUGCUUAUCACGAUGAUGGUUCCGAUGACGAGGGUGCAAUUUCAUUGGCAGCCAUAAAAAAUAAAUAUAAAAAGGGCGUGAUUCCUUCCAAAGCAGCAUCGAAUAUUUAUUCUUCGGAUGAGGAAGGUUCAGACAUUGAGACACACAGACCUAAAAAGAAUAGUAAAGGGAAAGCUCUUAAAGAUUCAGACGAAGAAUCCAAUUCUGAAAGUUCUGUGGGUAGCGGCGGAGACGAUAAUCAAGCUGAUGAUGCAAGUGAUUGAAAAUGUAUAUUCAAUGUCCUCGCGGUAUUUACCGAUGCAAAUCAGAAGAUGGCCGAUUUGACUAGACUACGAUCUUAAAAUGGUAAUCCUC